AUGUGGGUGGUGAAUCUGGGAUAUUUCCGAGAGCUGGAGCUGUUGCAGGAGCUAGACGAGCCGGCUACGGAAUCAACAUCGGCAAAGGAGACCUCCCUAGGCUCAGUGACAAAGAUCCACAAGACGCAUGAACUGUGCCAACUUGCGCUCACGCUGAAGCUGCAGGAGGACCUGGCGGAGGAGACUGAUGUUGACGCGGGCACGUCGACUUCGAGCUCGAUCUCGGAGGAGCUAGACGAGCCGGCGACGGAAUCAACAUCGGCAAAGGAGACCUCCCGCCAGAAAACCAUCCAAUGCCACCUAAGAUCAGAGGAUGACAUUGUUGCUGUGUGUGAUGGUGGAGACGAAGAGAACGAAGAUGACAACGGCUCAGUGACAAAGAUCCACAAGACGCAUGAACUGUGCCAACUUGCGCUCACGCUGAAGCUGCAGGAGGACCUGGCGGAGGAGACUGAUGUUGACGCGGGCACGUCGACUUCGAGCUCGAUCUCGGAGGAGCUAGACGAGCCGGCGACGGAAUCAACAUCGGCAAAGGAGACCUCCCGCCAGAAAACCAUCCAAUGCCACCUAAGGAGGCAGAGGCAUGCAAGCGUGGCCGCGCGAGCGCGCGCGCCUGCGCCUGCCGGCAAGGCCAUCCAAACGGCACGCGCGCGCGAGCCCUCCGACGGAGGCAUCACGAGCAUCAUUGGAAAAUCCACAAAAACGCUGCCCCUGCCGAGGCUCAAAAUCAUCGGUAUGGGCGGCGUUUCCUGCUUUGCAAGUGACGCGUCCCCGCCCCGAUCCGGCCCGGUCUGGAAGGGCCCCGGGAGGGGUGAGGGGACACGGCAAGGGGUGGAGAGGACACUAUGCGUCUUCACUGACGCCGAUGACAUUGUUGCUGUGUGUGAUGGUGGAGACGAAGAGAACGAAGAUGACAACGGCUCAGUGACAAAGAUCCACAAGACGCAUGAACUGUGCCAACUUGCGCUCACGCUGAAGCUGCAGGAGGACCUGGCGGAGGAGACUGAUGUUGACGCGGGCACGUCGACUUCGAGCUCGAUCUCGGAGGAGCUAGACGAGCCGGCGACGGAAUCAACAUCGGCAAAGGAGACCUCCCGCCAGAAAACCAUCCAAUGCCACCUAAGGAAAAUCCACAAAACGCUGCCCCUGGGCGGGAUUGGGCCGCCCAUGAUGGCGGCCCUGCAUGCCCGGCCCAUUGCUAAAGCAAGUGGCUUCCGCCCUGGCUCAGUGACAAAGAUCCACAAGACGCAUGAACUGUGCCAACUUGCGCUCAUGCUGAAGCUGCAGGAGGACCUGGCGGAGGAGACUGAUGUUGACGCGGGCACGUCGACUUCGAGCUCGAUCUCGGAGGACCUCUUUGUACCCGGUUGGUUUCCCACGCAAGACGUAAAAGUCCAUGGCACCUAUGCCCUCCAGGCCCUCUCAGGAGCAUUUGGUGACGAGUCGAGAUACGACGGAUGGCACUUCAACGACUGCGACGACCUCGAUUUAAAGCAAGUUGAGCCACGAGUAGAACAGGUCCUGCAGCCGCAGCUGGCAAAAGUGGCAGCGGAGGCAGGUGCAAAGCUCGAUUCGGAACUGGAUGUCGACUUUGGUCGCGUUCAGCAGGCACAUGGCCAGUACAGGGCUGCUCAAGCCGAGAUCGCAAAGGAACUGACAGCUCUGAGCAGCGGUACCACAAACCUGCAGGCCCAGAUCCCAGCAGAACAUGCCCCACUCUUGACGAAGAUCGAGGAGGUCUUGGAGGGGCCUGCUGGGGAGCCUGAGGAGGAGCUCCAACAGCAGGAUGAUCAAGAGGCGACAUCGACAUCGACCGAGGAGGAGAGCCAGGCGAACGUGGACGCAUCGACAUUGCGAGUGCGGUCGGCUGCUCGAGUAUCCCACCAGGAGGACGAGGAAACAUCGACAUCGGCCGAGGAGGAGAGCCAGGCGAACGUGGACGCAUCGACAUCGCAGGCGCUCCACCAGGAGGACGAGGAGACAUCUACAUCGGCAGAGGAGGAGAGCCAGGCGAACCCGGAUGCAUCGACAUUGCGAGUGCGGUCGGCUGCUCGAGUAUCCCACCAGGAGGACGAGGAAACAUCGACAUCGGCCGAGGAGGAGAGCCAGGCGAACGUGGACGCAACGACAUCGCAGGCGCUCCACCAGGAGGACGAGGAGACAUCUACAUCGGCAGAGGAGGAGAGCCAGGCGAACCCGGAUGCAUCGACAUUGCGAGUGCGGUCGGCUGCUCGAGUAUCCCACCAGGAGGACGAGGAAACAUCGACAUCGGCCGAGGAGGACAGCCAGGCGAGCGUGGACGCAUCGAUAUCGCAGGCGCUCCACCAGGAGGACGAGGAGACAUCAACAUCGGCCGAGGAGGAGAACCAGGCGAAUUCGGACACCUCGACAUCGCAGGCACUCCAUGAGGAGGACGAGGACACAUCAAUGUCGGCCGAGGAGACCCGUACGUUCCACCAAUCCGCAAUUGUCAACGUACUACUGUAG